GUCCUCAUCAACUCUUACUUCGCCGCUGACUCAGUGCCAGUCUAGGGUGACUCCACCACAGACGGGAUGAGUCGCUCUCCACACCUCAUCAGCAUCCAGCCCAACCCACUGCGUUGCAACUCUCGCGUGCUUUCCCUCCCCACGCCUCGCGGGAUCUCAUCCGGAGGCUGGGUGGUGAAGAUGCUCAGAGACGCGGGUCGCUGCUGCUGGAGGAACCUUGUUACCAGGCGAAACUGAAGCUUCUAGAAUCAGGGUCUAAAGAUCAGAGAGCAGGUCGAGUCAUCGUCAGAGAAGAGUUUGCAGUUACGCGAUUUGGGUUUGGUGAAUCCUGAUCACAUCGACGUCCCGAUAUGGAAUUAAAGAAAUCGAUUUCGGAUACGGAGCGCGCUUUGAGGAGCUACGGGGCCGUGUCCAACACAGCGUGGACCACAGACAAAGCUGGCCACUCUGACGUGUCCAUGGCAGAGAGUACGAUCUCCCCAGAUGAGAUCGAGGUGGAGAUGAACCGUAUCCAGAGGCUGAGGGAGGUUCUGGUGCGCCGGGAGUCCGAGCUGCGCUUCAUGUGAGUUUGGCUCUGGGUUCGAACGCUCUGAUGUACGCUGCAGUCCUGCUUUGUGUGCCACACCUAAACUGAUCUCCAUUCAGUUCUACUGUCUCUCUAUUACUAUUUUAUCACCUCUAACCUGGUCUCCAUUAGGACGUUUUCUUGAUGUUCUUUUGUGUUGAUUUUGUAUUAUUCAUUAAAAUAGGGACUCCAUAAACAUGAUCAUGGAUCUUGAUUGAUACUGUACAGAGAUUUACGCAAGACGUUCCUUGGAAAUCCUUUACACUUUUCCACAGGUGAUACAUAGUAAAGGAUUCCCUUAGACCCUCUGUGUGAAUCUAAAAGUAUAAAUAAAUAAAUAAUGUGCGUUACUCACAAUGUAAAGUGUAAAGAAACGUCAAAGUCAGUCACUUAUUUGCCUCAUUCCUUGUACACCACGAAGCAGGAGUCUCUAAGGCAUCCGAUACUCCGACCCAAACUCCUAACAGUGUCGGCAUCAAACGUAUUUAUGGUCGCUGGUUUCCCGUAUGGAUUUUCCCAUUAGUGCGACCAGUCAACGGAACGGGGGAAUCCUACCGGGGCCGGAAGUAACGUCACACUUUGGUGGGCCGUCGACCGGGGGGAGUGGGUUACACCCCCUUAACUUUAACGUCUGUCUAACAGAGACUCGUUUGUACCUUUCAAAAAUACGUCUUUAAACAUUCACAAGAUCAGUUCUUCUGAACGUUUUUCAGAAGAUCAGUUCUCUC